UCCAAUUUUUAAUUAAUAAUUCAUUCAUAUUUCAUUAUCUCUCUCUCUCUCUCUCUAACUUUCUGUGUCUAGAAAGUGGCGCUAGGCAUCAGCCAACUUUUAGAGAGAGAAAGCCACCAAGAAGCUUCCUUUCGCUGCCUGCCUCAGUUGAAGAUGCGUCGGUCUGCAUCGAAGAAGACGGUUCAAUCGAAUUCUACCACUGCUUCAAUUACUUUUUCAGCUACGGAUCUUUUUCGCUCCGCCUCAAGUAAAGCAUCUUCAAAAGAGAUGGAGCGAAUCGAUAAUUUAUUUUACUCAUACGCAAACAGGUCUUCUGGUAUUAUUGACCCAGAAGGAAUUGAAACUCUAUGUUCAGAUAUGGAGGGGGGUCAUGCUGAUGUCAGAAUCUUGAUGCUAGCUUGGAAAAUGAGAGCUGAAAAACAGGGAUACUUUACCCUGGAGGAGUGGCGAAGGGGCCUGAAAUUACUGAGGGCUGAUACUGUAAAUAAAUUAAAAAAGGUGCUUCUGGAGCUAGAAAAGGAGGUUAAGAGGCCAACAAACUUUGUGGAUUUCUAUACCUAUGCAUUUCGAUAUUGCCUCACAGAGGAGAAACAAAAGAGUAUAGACAUAGAGAGCAUCUGCCAAUUGUUGGAUCUUGUUUUAGGAUCCCAUUUUCGAGCCCAGGUUGAUUAUUUCAUUGAGUAUCUAAAGAUUCAGAGUGAUUAUAAGGUCAUAAACAUGGAUCAAUGGAUGGGCUUUUACCGUUUCUGCAAUGAGAUAAGUUUUCCAGACCUUGGUAAUUAUGAUCCGGAACUUGCAUGGCCCCUGAUCUUGGACAAUUUUGUAGAAUGGAUGCGAGCAAAAAUGACCUAAAAGCCGAUGCUUUUGGUUGCUUGGGUUCCCUGCUGUAAACCAUUAUUAUUAUUUAAGUAGGUAGUGGUGAAAUCCCUUUUCUUGUCCCAACCAUUUGGGAAAUGUAUUGUUUUCAUUCCAUGCCACUUCCCUCUCCCUCCCUCCCCCUCCCUCCCUCCCGCUCUCUCUCUCUCUCAUUUUGCUUUUUCCCUCGCGUUGCUGUUAGUAAAAUAUGUGAUUGGUCUGUUUGCAGGAUUAUUGAAACUACUCACAUUAGACACC